UCUUUAUCAAAAUUAAAACCCCCAAAAUCUGCAUGCAGUUUUUAUACAAUCAAUCAAUGAAACCAUCAAAGUUAAUAAUUAUUCUUUCAGAUCUUAAUCCUUAAGUAAUUAGUUAUUAUUAUCAAUUUAUCAUCAUCAACGCAACCCCAAUUUUAUGUUUCAAAUUAGGGUUUGUCCAGCCAUCUAAAAUAUAAAAUUAAAAAAAGGUUCUUGAUUUAUGUUUUUUAAUCAAGAGUUUUUACAUUUUAGUAUAUAAAGAUUCUUAAUUUGAUUGAAACUAGGGUUUGAUUUUGAUUAAUAUAAGCGGGGUUGAGUUUUUUUACAAACCCUAAUUAGUAUUAGUGUAAUUAUUGCAUAUAUAUAGAUUUAAAUAAUAGAUACAGAUCUGAGUUGAAUUAAAUUAUGGAUCGUGUUGUUGGUAAUAAGUUUAAGCUUGGAAGGAAAAUUGGAAGUGGAUCUUUUGGUGAACUCUUUUUAGGUGUUAAUAUUCAAACUGGGGAAGAAGUUGCUGUUAAGCUGGAACCUUCCAAGACGAAACAUCCUCAACUUCAUUAUGAAUCAAAAAUAUAUAUGAUUCUCCAGGGAGGAACGGGAGUACCUACCCUUAAGUGGUAUGGAGUAGAGGGUGAGUGCAAUGCCAUGGUCAUUGACCUCCUUGGACCAAGCCUGGAAGACCUUUUUAAUUAUUGCAAUAGAAAGUUUUCCUUGAAGACAGUUUUAAUGCUUGCAGAUCAGUUAAUAAAUAGAGUUGAGUACAUGCAUGCAAGAAGCUUUCUUCACCGUGACCUAAAGCCUGACAAUUUUUUAAUGGGCCUGGGCCGCAAAGCAAAUCAGGUGUACAUCAUUGAUUUUGGCCUUGCAAAAAAGUAUAGGGAUCUUCAAAGUCAUAGACACAUACCCUACAGGGAAAACAAGAAUCUCACCGGCACGGCUCGCUAUGCCAGUGUCAACACACACCUUGGAGUUGAACAAAGUAGACGGGAUGAUUUAGAAUCUCUUGGUUAUGUUCUUAUGUAUUUUCUAAGAGGAAGCCUUCCCUGGCAGGGAUUGAAAGCAGGAACUAAGAAACAGAAAUAUGACAGGAUAAGUGAAAAGAAGAUGUUGACUCCAAUAGAGGUGCUCUGCAAAUCAUAUCCUUCAGAGUUCACUUCAUACUUCCAUUAUUGUCGAUCUUUGAGAUUUGAAGACAAACCAGACUAUUCAUAUCUGAAGAGGCUUUUCCGAGACUUGUUUAUCCGUGAAGGCUAUCAGUUUGAUUAUGUCUUUGAUUGGACCAUUUUGAAGUAUCCACAAAUUGGUGCUAGCACUAGAGGAAGAACGCAAAGUGGAAUAGUUGGUCAAAAUGUUGGAACAUCCACAGAUAAACCUCCUGGAAGAACCUCAGCCGGACAAGAUGUUCGUGAGACAAUCUCUAGAAGAAAUCCAUCUGGUGUUGGCCGCCAUGAACUCUCAAGAAAUAGGACUUCAGAGAAUGUACCUUCAUCAAAAGAUGUGCAACCUGACUCAGAAAAAGUUCGAUCUUCACGAAACGGGAGCACGUCAAGACGUGCCUCUUUCCUGAGCAGCAAACCUGGCUCUUCAGCAGAAGCCACAGAUGGUAGAUCAAGCCGAGUCGUGUCAAGCAGUGGGGGCCGCUUAUCUACUACUAAUAGAGGAUAUGAUACCAAACCGUUGGGCUUCUCUGGUACUUCAAAGGGUGGGCGUGACGAUCCUCUCAGGAGCUUUGAAUUCCUCCAAAUCAGGAAGUAAUACGGAUAUAAGGUAGUACAAUAAAUCUAAAAUACCAUGCAAUUUUACAUUAUGUAAAUGGGAAUUUGUGUUUUACACCACAAAUAUAAGAUGGCAUGGCUUAUAAUAUAUGUGACAGUUGUGAUGCUCAUCCAAAGAAUGAGGUUUCCGUGUAUGGGAAUUUUCGUUAUAUGUAUUAGUACCUGAGACUUGGUUACAAGUUUUAAUACUGGUUGCAAUGUUGUAUGUUUUUUCUUACAAAAA